CUAUUAAUAUUCAAAAUUUCAGCUUCUAGAAUAACCAUAAUAUACAAACACGUCACUUUGUGUCUCAGUUUGGUUGUUUCAUGUCUCAGUUUUGUCAUUUUGCGUCAUUCCGUGUCUCAUUUCUGUCAUUUUGUGCCUUGUUUUUGUCACUUGGUGUCUCAUUUUUGACAUUUCUGUCUUGAUUUUUUCAUUUCCUGUCUCGGUUUUGUCAUUUUGUGUCUCAUUUUUGUUAUUUCGUGUUUCGAUUUUGUUGUUUCAUGUCUCAUUUUUGUCAUUUCCCUUCUCAUUUUGUCAUUUUGUGUUUCAUUUUUGUCGUUUCAUUUCUCGUUUUUGUCGUUUUGUGUCUCGGUUUUGUCGUUUCCUGUCUUGCUUUUGUCAUUUUGUGUCAAGGAAGUGUGUUAAUUCCAGAUCACAUGAUAUGCUCCACAUGAUGUCAUUUCCUCCUGAAGAAAAGACUCUUUUAACGAUGUUACAAAAAGUCCCUCAAUUAUAUAUUGACCCAAUUCUUGAGCAGAAAAGCUGUCAGUCGCAACCGAAAAUCAUGACAUUUUAAUCAUUUAUACAGCGCCAGAUAGCAGAAACACUUGAAUAUACAGGUGGCAAGAAGUACUAUAUAUGAUUGACUACUUAAGGUGUACUUAAGGGUUUUUAGUUUGGCUCAGGUACAGUGUGUUAACAUGGAGGAGGAGGGGUUUAUGACCUCUACUGGAGCACUUCCUCCCGUAUCUUUACAUACAGUCUAUCCGUAGCUUGCUGUAUGCUAGCCAAUGGUACAAAUAGAGCUUGUUUAUGCUGCCUCCAGGUGGCCAGAAAAUCUGCUAUGGCACUGUGAAGUUCUUGUCUUAGAAAUGUUUGUUUAAAAGCUUAUCAAGAACUCACAUUUACAUGUAAAUUUGCCAGUGGUAUCCAAGUGCAUGCCCCAUAUCCAGAAAAUAUAUUUACCAUUAAAUUUCAAAUGAAAUGGACGAAACAGCAGCUAAACAAAAUAUACAAGACUCCAAUGCAGUUUCUGUGCUUUAAAAAAUGUCUUUCAAAUCCUCAAAAAUGCUGCAAUUUCCAAACUUCUCGUCACACAAUGCAUUUUCUGGCAGUGUCUUAGCAACUGGUAUUGUGGCAUCUGGAUUACCUAUAGUGCCCUGCAGAGCCCCUGCAGGGCUCAACAGAGAGACCUCAGGCAGAGUGUGCUUUAUGAAGGAAGAUGUAAAGGAGAGGUCUUGAUCUCAGAUGGUUCCAAGAAGCUUUAGUACAUGUCACAAGUUGUGCCCAGAGGGUUAUUUCUUACUCAUGUUAUGCUGCUGCUAAUUCUUUUUCUUUUUAAAAGUCUGUUUUCACUUCUUGAACACGGUCUGCAGUCGACAAAUAACACAGAAUUUAAACCACAGUGAGUGUAGAAGUUGUAGAAUGGUUUGUGUUUGGUUUGGUUGUCAUGGAAAACACUCAUUACUCUUCACUUGUCCACUUCCCCUUGUUAAUAUUACACCAAGAACAUAUUUGCUGGGAUUUUCCUGCACUACAGUCUGAAGAUAGAGAGCCUCGAGCUCAAGACACACUCUAGAUAAUGAGCUUUGAUUGCAGAUACUGACAGAGAGAGAAUGUGUGCACACACAUACACACACUAGUGGAUUCUGAUUUGUGGAAUUGGUAGCAUCCAUUGUGUCCACAGAGCUUGUCACUAUACGCCCUGUAAUGUGAUUAAGGCCAGGAGAUUUAUGCCGCUGUGGAGCAGCCCAGAACUGGAUCCAUGUUGUGUCUGGAGUCGGACUGAAAAGCCGUCUCUCCGUCCAGCUGGUCCUGGUUUCUGCUCUGGCCUCUGUCACUGUGUGGGGCUACUGUGCUGCUCACUUCUUAAUUGAGAGCUUUGGUUUAUCGCGGCCUUUGUCUUUGUGUCGAAACGCAAGGUUCAUUACUUCCCAGAAAACUUACAGCAAACUCAGAAGGGGAGAAUGUUCUGUGCCCAGUUGCUGUGCAUUUGUGUUUGCCACAGAAACAUGCCUGAGAGAGCUGCACUGGUUUAGCUAGAUGGUAAUUAUUAACAGCGAUGAGCUAUUUAAAUACACUGCAUUUUUUAAGCCUCCCACAGAGAGGAACGGCUCACCUCCCACUACAGCUAGAAAGUGUACUAAAACUUAAAGUUUCCCUGGACAGCUGGAGAUCUCAGCAGGCUACUUUAGUGUUUUUAAAGAGAAAAUGUGUAAACUCAGAGAGUAGAGUUCCUCGGAUAUGUCAGCUGUUGAGAGAAGAGGAGCUCCAGAGCCUCGCUUGGAAAUCAGACCGUCCAGAAAUCGUCAUUUCAGGCGUCCUCAGAGGCUUACGAGCAUCUGGCUGCCCGAUGGCUCCGACCCUUCACACCGUGCGCACAGGACACCCAUGUAUGUGUCCUUCGUCAGCAAGGCCAUUUUAUGGGACCGAGGACUCCGCCAUGACACUGUCCAUGAUCAUGCAGCCCAUCGUCCCUCUCUGUGUCCUCGCUUCCUGUCUCACAUGAAAGCUCAUCCUGAAAACUUGAUUCCUCCUCGUUACUUGAGCUCCAAGUCUGUUCAUCAGCUUCCAUCUCAGGGGAAGAUGCUGAAUCCACCCGCUGUAGCUGCCCCGAAGAGCCACAUGUUGGCAGGGUGCUUCCAUCUUAAUCCUGAAAGAAGAACCAGUGGUGUGCAGAAUGCUGGUCUGAUCACAGGAAGGCGUUCUGCUGUUGUUGUUCCUCGUCUCCGGCUCCCUGCUACUCCACCUCCAUCCACCAUUAAUCCAACACCUCCCCAACCCAAUACACCUCAGUCUGAUGCUGAGAGACAGAAGAGCAAGACAAGCAUUGCUCCAGCAUCUCCCUCCUACCUGCCUCCUCCUCCUCCUCCUGAAGUUCCUGUCAGGGAAAAGCUGCUGCAGCCUGCUGUGGUGGAGCCAGACUCGGAUCUGAACAUCAAACCUGCUGGAUCGACACUCUCAGCAUCUCCAACCUCACUCUCACAAGGAUCUCUGUCAGAUUUAAGUCGUCCACCUUCCAGUUUGUUCAGCCGAAGCACCGACCUCUCCAGUGGCAGGAGCAGCGUCCUGAGUGAUAAAGCCACCGCAGACAUCCUGGACUCGGAUCCAGAAGACAGCGCUUGUUUGUCCCCUCUUCAGCCUUCCCCAACGAUGCUGUUACCUCUGGCUUCUCCAGCAACAUCCAGCCUUCAUCAGUCCUUCAGCAGCACCAAACCUCCGCUCUACGAGCCGCUGUUUGGCCGAACCGAACCCCUCUCUCCUCGCCAGGCAUCGGGUUUCCAUCUGAAAUCAGACAAACCUCCGAGCAGCAGCAGCAGGAGAAGCACAAAAACAGCAGAAAACCUCCACCUAGAUCCGUCUGUUGGUCCUGAUCUCAACCCAUCCUUGGACUCUGAUCGAGGCCGUGCUACGCCGGCUUUUCGCUCCACCACUUGGUCUUCUUGUCCGAGUCCACAGAGGACCACUCCCUGCUCGGGGUCAGCAGCAAAGAUGACCCCUUCUCCUCCAGCGUCCAGGCUGGAGUCUCACCGCUGGCCCAUCCUGCCUCCCAUCUCCCCUGUCAGAGGACGAUCAGCAGCGUCACACUGCUCGGAGCUCAGCUGCACUCAGUCUUGUGUGUUUGAUGAACUGGAGGCCAUCGCUCCUCUGUCAGCUUCCUGUUUGUCGCUGGAUGAGCCAUCAGAUUCAUCAGGCAGCCCUUCACCUGACACAGACCUGUCUCCUGGCCUUGCAGCGCUGACGGUGGCCUGUGACUCGGGGAAUCUGGGCUCCUUGUCCCGGGUCCGGCUGCUCCUCCUGGACCGCCUAGCAACCGGGGACCAGAGUCCAUCUGGUCUGGAGGAGGAGAUCUACCCACUGGAUGACUGGUCUGAUCUGAUGCAGUACGAUACAGCAGGUGUUUUGAGGCCCCGCACAGCUGGCAGCGUCUCUGAAAGGUGUGACUCGGCAGGGAAAGUCCGGGGAAACAAAUCGGAUCAGUCUGACGGAGGUUCUGAAUCUCCGUCUUCAUGGAUCAUCGACCCGAGUCCGUCGUUCAGCAUGUUCAGAUCCUCUUCUCCUCCCUGUCAGUCCAACCACAGUUGCCACACAGAUGAUGGGGGCCCCAGUGAGGAGGAAUCCAUUCAUCCAGGAUGGAAGGACCGAGCAGAGCUCUUAGACGGAGGCAGGAGGUCUGAGAGUGACCGGACCGAAGAGAAGGAAAGAAGAAUGGAGGAGAGGAAAACAAAGGCGCUGAACAUGCUUUCCAAACUGCAGGACGACAUGCCUCGUCAGAGGAAAGCCAGCAAAGACCACUCCAACUUCGAGGACUUCGACUUUUUGGCAAAGUAUUGCAUUUUCAGUCAGGAGAAGCUGGCCGAGUACAAAAGAGCUUUUGAAGCAGAGGACAGCGAUGACGACGGCUACAUCUCCUGCCUUCAGGUUCUACUCGCUCUUAAGACCAUCACCCCUCCUGAGCUGCUGUCUGAUGAGGAAGAGAUCUAUGUCUACAGAAUCUUGGAGAUGGUGGACUUCAGAGUGACAGACGGACUCGUGGACCUGCGGCUGUUCGCUGUGAUCGCCAGCCUGGCCCAGAAGAUCGCCUCCAUGGAUGAGUUCAUGCGAUCCCUGAUCACCAACAUGGACUUCCGCUCUAGAAGUGCGGCUCUUCAAAGCUAAGCAGCUGUUCCUGUUCCUCCUGGAGGAGCAGCGAGGAGACGCUGGAGCUCAGCAGGGCUUCAUCAGCGCCGAGCAGCUGCUGCUGGAGCUGAAGGCCGGAGGGAUCCACCUGGAGCAGGAGGCGGCCGUCAGGCUGGAGCUGCA